AUUAUAAUUAAGGUUUAAAUAGUAAUGGGGGGUAACACACAGAUAUUUUAAAUUAACUGUAUAAUAUAUCCGUUUGUUGCCCUUGGAGGAAGGUUUAAUUUUGAAAUAACACCCAAUUUUAAAAAAUUUCAAAGAAACGCUUCGUCAUUUUGUGGUGAUAUAGUUUUGAAAGGAACACAAAAAAAAACGUUACUUGCGUAUCUGAUGUAAUAAGCUUAGCGUGGCUUGGUGAAAGUUUUGAAUCAUUAGUGUUAAGAUUAUGUCUUUCAAAAGACUUCCUAUUUUAAAGAAAUGUUCAAUCUUUCUAUUUUAUAACCACAUGACACAGAGAAAACAUCGUCUAUUAUUCUCAAAAAAUCUUUGAAAACCACGAAAUUAAUUAAUUAAGCAUUAAGCAAUAAAAAGCUUUUUUAUAUAAAUUUCAAUUUAAGAAAACAACUGACCUUAGAAGACCAAACAUAAUCCAUUGCAUAAUCGACAAGUAUUUACGGUUGGUUGGACGUUUCUUAAAUUGGCUGAAUACGGACAGUUUCUUCAGAGAGGUGGAAGAUAAGAGGUGCGUAACAACGUCGCAAUUUCUCGCAAAUAGUUCUUCGUAAAUAAAUAUAUAGUUUUGAGUGAGCGCGAAAAUUUAUCCUAUAUUUAUGGAUCUUCGAAACAUUAAUAAAUUUGCUUUAAUAAAUUUACAUUAAUAAUGAAUUUCUGUGAACUAUUUUUCAUCAUUUAUUUUAGUUUCGAGUUAUGCGCCAGAGCACUAUCUAAAGAAGAACAAAAUGAAGCAAUUUCAGAUGUAAAGCUAACAUGUCCAAGUAGAAAGAUACCAGUGCCCCUUUUAGCAUUACCAUGCGAUAGCAACAAUGAUUGUCGAAUUAUGGGGGCUGGUCCAACAUCAUUGUGCUGCAGAACUAGGUGUUUAGACGGAGUUCCAUUAGAAAGUAAAAAUAGUAUAAGAGAUGCUGGAAGAUAUACACCAAAGAACAUUAAAUUAGUUUGUCCAAAUCGUUCAGCUUCAUUACCAUUUUUUGCUUUACCAUGUGAUACAAAUAAGGAUUGCAGUACGCUUUUAGGACCAAGUUACGUUUGUUGUAAAAAAAAAUGUGUUCUAGGAGUUCCACCACCGGAAGUUGAAUUAUCACACGAACCGAUUUUAUUCGGACUUGUCGAAAGAAUUUGUCCAUCAGAUCCAAUUCCUGAAUUAUCAGAAAUUAAGGAAUGUGGGUCUGAUCUAGAUUGUGACCCAAGAAUUUGUUGUCCAGAAAAACCGAAUGUUAAUGGAGAAGUUAAAUUUUAUUGCCGCACAGCUGCCCCUGAUUUAGAUAAAAUACCAGCACCUAAAUUAAUUAUUGAUCCUUUAAAAAGUGCUGUAAGUUACAUGCAAUGUACUCCACCUCCACCACCAAAUCUAGAUAUUUUUCCAAAACCCUGCGAAUCCAGCUUUGACUGUUUUCCAAAUUUAUGUUGUCAAGAAAGUGGAAGGAGAUAUUGUAGACCACCGAAACGGUCCCUACUGGCUUUAGUAGCUGAUGUAACUCAACGACUUGGAACAUCAGAAUUUGCAAAGAAAGCAAUAGAACGAAUCACAACUUAAACUACUUAUUAUUUGUUAAGUAUUAAUGUAAAUAAAACAAUUAUUAAAGUUUUAACUUAAAAU